UUCAAGGGAACGGAGAAAUGUCUGUGAUGCACAUGGAAAUUUGGUGAGCCGUCUAUGUCUCUACCACAGUGUUUAAAUAAAACCUCUUUGACAAGGCGACAUAUGAGCAGAGGUCUGAAUAAAGCCAGAAGCUAGCCAUGCAGAUAUCUGGAGAAGGAUCAAUAAAAGCAGAGACACAGACAAGUACAAAGGCUCUGACGCCUUGAGAUAGGAGUUUGUCUGAUGCGCUUAGUUCACUCAAGGAUGCCAGUGUGGCUGGAGUGGUGAGUGAGGGAAUGGAAGAAGAGGAGAUUAUGGAGUGUUUGGUGCCCACUGUGGGCUGCAAGUUUGGCUGGAGCUGUCAACCAGAGCACCAGCAUGUGACCUCUCCAUGUGGCUUGGGCUUCUUCGGCAUGAGGAUUGGGGUCCAAGAGGGAGCUUUCCAGAAAGAUCUGCAAUGCCAGGCUGUGACCGUUCCUGCAGCUGUAGCCGCGGCCCCAAUGUGGAAGAAGGCAAAUGGUAUGGGGUCCGCUCCUACCUGCACCUCUUCUAUGAAGACUGUGCAGGUACGGCCCUCAGCGAUGACCCUGAGGGGCCUCCCAUCCUGUGUCCCCGUCGACCCUGGCCCUCACUGUGCUGGAAGAUCAGUCUGUCUUCGGGGACCCUGCUUCUGCUGCUUGGGGUGGCAGCCCUGACCACUGGCUAUGCAGUGCCCCCCAAGCUGGAGGGCAUCGGAGAGGGGGAAUUCCUGGUGUUGGAUCAGCGGGCAGCCGAUUACAACCAGGCUCUGAGCACCUGCCGCUUGGCAGGCACAGCGCUCUGCAUGGCGGCUGGGAUCCUGCUGGCCAUUUGCCUGUUCUGGGCCAUGACUGGCUGGCUGAGCCCGGACACCAAGGCAGAACCCUUGGACACCGAAGCUGAUGGCCACGUGGAGAUCUUCGGGGAUGAACCAGAGCAGCAGCUGUCCCCCAUCUUCCGCGAUGCCAAUGGCCAGUGUUGGUUUUCACCACCUACUAGCCCCUUCGGGCAAUCCUCUGUGCAGACCAUCCAGCCCAAGCGGGACUCUUGAGCUGCCCACAGGCCAGAGGAGGAAUCAGACCUGGGGUCUGGACCAUUCCUCUGUCCCACCACACCCUGCCAUCAAUUGUCUCCCUAACUUCCCCCUUUCAGCGGGGCCCCUUCCACCUAUGCCCCCAGAAGACCCAACUCCAGCUCAAGAGAGUCUGGAGCUCAAAUCCCAGUGCCCCUUCCCAAGUAUUGGGCCCCAUCUCAUCCAAGAUGCCAACUUUCCCCAAGUCCUCCCAAACCUUCCCACCCACCCCUCCUUCCCAAGACCCUUCAGGAGCAGAAAACAUCCCCCUCAAUCUAUCCCUAUUCUACUCUGUGUGACCCCGGGCAAGCCCCUUUUCCUUUCAGACCAUCAGUUCCUGUCUCCGUAAUACGAGGGGUUUGGAUCAGAUUCUAGAGUUCCAUGGCUUUUCUAUUCUCCCCAGUUGUAAGCAUUACUCUCCACAGACAGUUGGGUGGAGGGGUAGUGGAGUCUUUCUCAUCCCCUGACCCCUUCCUCCGUCAGCUGCUCCAAGAUGCCUUCCUCGAGGAUGGGUCAAAAGCACUCACUUGGACUUCCCUUCCAGGAUGGUGCGAAAACAGUCACCUCCUACAGAAUGUUUUCUGUGUGCGUUUUGGCAUCAGAGCCCCUCAGGCCAGCCCAUCAUGGGCUCUUAUUAGCCUCAGUUUACAAACGAGGUGGCUGAGGGAGGUUGGCAGUCUGCAGGAAUUUGGACCCACACCUCCCACCUCCUCUUGGGCCAACUCUUGUUCUACAGCUGGAACAGGGAACCUGCUGGACACUUUCCUGCCUUCCAGGGGACCUCUAGGGGUGGGAGACAGUUGGUCCAGAGAGCCUGGUUGGAGGCCUGAUGGUCCUAGGUAGCUCAGAAGAUAAUUUGGACAUGCAGAGCCAAGGGGCAGGAGUACUGGGAUGUCUUUGCCCCUCAAAAUCCACUCACUUAGAAACCAUCACCUACAGGUCCUGACCUUACCCUGUAACAAAUGUGUCCUGCUGGGGGCAGCAGCACCUCCAUCCUGCGGUCUCCCCAGCCAGACGCACCAUCUCCGUUCUUACCACUAGAGGGAGCUCCAAGACUGCUGGAGAGAGGCGUC